UCUUGACAAAUCCCGUGCAUCGUACGGACAGAUUCAAUAGAUUAAAGAUCGUCGUCAGGCAAAUGAACAACUUGAGCUGGGAGGGCCCUCAACCUGGAAUUUGAUUUCGAGCUCAAAAGUUGAAAUUGAAAACUUGUGGCUCCACAACUUUUUCUUCAUUUCUUUAAUCGCAUCUCUCGUUCUUCAAUCGCAAGGGAAGAGGCGAAACUAGGGAACUACAAACCCUAGCCUUUAAUUUGUCUCGGUGAGUCCCUCAUGAAAUGGGAAAUGGAGAUCGAAGAGGUCGAAGCAGUUCUAGAGAAGAUUUGGGACCUGCACGACAAGCUCAGCGAUGCCAUUCACGCAAUAUCAAGAUCCCAUUUCCUCAACUCCAUCAAAACCCUAAAGAAAUAUGACGAAGCUUUAUUCUCUCGCAAUUUCGAGAAGAAGAAAAUUCGAAAUGAUGGUGAAGACGAACGGAACGGAUUUGUCUUCGUCAAAGACUUCCGAGCUGAUGACGAGGCAGCAAUUUCUGAAGCCAAGAGCCUCAACGCCAUCAGAACUGCACUCGAGAACCUAGAGGACCAGCUUGAGUUCUUAAAUACGGUACAAUCUCAGCAACGGGCAGAAAGAGAUGCUGCAAUUGCACGGUUGGAGCAAAGCCGCAUUAUCCUUGCAAUGAGGCUGGCUGAACACCAUGGUAAGAAGUAUAAAGUCAUAGAAGAAGCUCUUGCAUUUGUGGGAGACGUACAGGAUGAGGGCCGCUUUGUAUCCCCAGAAAAUCUGUUGGAGUCUCCGAAGAGUCGAUCUGGUGAUAAUUUAGAGGGUGCAGAAGGGAAGAAAUCAAAUGUUAUGAUGCAAAUUUUAGUAUCUAGUUUUACCUUUGCCAAGAAAUCUCUUAAACUGGAGCGCAUGGGCGGAGUUGUAGGGAAUGCUGCUUUGUUUGCAGUUAGCAUGCUUGCUUUACUGCAAGUACAUCAAGCUGUAUUUGGAAACAAUUUUAUUGCAGAAGUUCGGCAUAUGCAGGAGGAUUCUUUUUAUAGGAAGAAGAGAGAGAAAAAUAUUUCAGAGUUAGAAGGAUAUCCUCCUUGCGUGAAACAUUUGGACGUCUUAUUGGCCAGGGGUUGAGGUGGUGGGAUUUUUUUUUUUUUUUUGGGCAGUUCUGUGCAAAUCUGUGCCAUAUUAGUGUUUUAGCCUUGUAGGGGGCUAAUUCACACUUGUGUGAUGAAUGGAAUGAAUAUCAUGUUUUCUUAGCAGUUGUUACUACCACGAAAUCAUAAAUGAUGCUGGCGUAGAGUUUGCAUUGGUUCAUAGUUAUUUUGUUCUUUCAUUUCAUUACUCGAUGUGUUUUGUUUUGUUGUAUAUUCUCCUAAUUUUCACAAAUUCCUGUUUUUGAUGUUCAA